CACAUACCAUAUAGCCUGACUCAUCAUGUUUUCGACUUAUACUCCUGAUAGCACGAGGCAUCGGCCCAAGCCCAAACACAACCUCUUCCUGAAGACGUACGACUCCUUUUUUGGCCUGGAAACGCCAUUGAAAGACCAAACUACGAUCAACUACGAAGACACCAUCAACUAUGAAGAUAUAACGAACUUGAAAACGAGAUCCAGCGGCCGGUCACGCCACCUGUCUAUGUCCAGUUUGCCGUUGCGUUAUAAACCUGGGAGCCUUGACGCUCCGACAAACCUCCAACGAUCACACUCGGUCACUGAAGACAUUCCAUAUAAAAGGACCUGGCCAGCAGAAAAUGCAAGCCACAGGCUCCAUUCAGGCGUGUACUCUGAUCGUGAACCCAUGGUUAGCCGAAUCAUCCCUAAAGAGCCUCUCAUCCAGCGGCCAGCCUACUCCGUACCCCAAGAGGAUAGGUUCAGAGCGCCAAUGGCCAGUAUCCCAGGUGCUAUGAAACCUAAUAAACCAGAGAGGUAUCUACAUAGUAGCCCUAUGCUUGAAAGAGUAGAUUCUUUGAACGCUCAGAGGCGUGAUGAUGGCCAUUCAUCGAUCCUUUCCCUUGAUUCUGAGCGCCGUGAAAGGUCGUUGGACCGGGCUCGGAAAAACGCCUCUCUUAAUACGAACAACGAGGAACUCAGCAUGAAUCUUGAGUUUUUAAUGAACAAGCUACAGAGAAAUAACCUGAAUCUUAAGGACGUGGUUGAAGGUAGAGGGAGGCAGGCGUCUGCGGUGUCCGACCCGCAAACGGCGGACUUGAACGAGAAGUACCUCGAGUUGAGAGAGGAGUACAUUAAAGAAUUGCAGAAUUGUCAAAAGUUUUACGAUGCCUACUACGCCUUGGUGUUCAAGUAUCGAGCCCUUAAAGAUCAAGUGAGUGACGGUGCGGCGGACAAGGCUGGGGAGAGAAAAUUGGUUGAUCUAGAACUCGAGAACCAGGAAGUAAAGAGCGAAUGCGAUCGAUUGAGACGAGAGAAUUUACGACUUGCCAGAGAACAAGAAGUGUUACAGUCAUUAGUUGAAAAGCUCUCAAAAGCUGGUAUGUAAGAAGGGUCUAUAGACAAUUUACUGAGAGAUAGUUAAU